CUUUUUUAACAGGUUCUUUUCACCCUCAAAACCCUAACCAAGCCCAAAAACAGACCUAAUACCCCUCCCUCCAUUUGAGAUCUAAACCCCAGUGGUGAAUUUAAUGUAAAUUUUCCUUUGUUUUUAACUGGGUUUUUAUUUUUAUUUUUAGUUUUUGGUUUGAUGGCUUCAGCUUGUGUUAACAACAUGGGUGUCUCGCCGGAAAGUUUCCAACCAUAUGGUUGGUUGAGUCGUAGGAUGUCGUUGAGCCGAGAAAAGGAGCUACCUAAGUCGGUUCUGGCAGAUCCUGUUGAACCAGAGAUCCAAGAGACACCAGCGGCUGGUGACUUUGAGUUCAGGCUUGAAGAUCCAGUCACUAAUAUGCUUCCAGCUGAUGAGCUUUUCUCUAAUGGUAAGCUCCUGCCUUUACAUUUCUCAUCACUCAAACAACAACAUCAUCCUUCGUCUGGGAUCAAGUCGCCGGAAACUGCCAAGCCUUGCCGUGGAAUGGACAUGGAUCCUUACUUGUUUUCUCCCAGAGCUCCAAGGUGUUCCAGCAGGUGGAGGGAACUUCUGGGUCUUAAAAAAUUGUCCCAAAACACUAACCAGCCCCAUAAACCAGAACCCCAAUGCACCAAAUCUCUCAAACAUUUCCUCCAUAGAAGCUCGAAGUCUUCAUCUUCAUUAAACCUCCCACUGUUAAAAGACUCAGACAGCGAGUCCGUUUCCAUAUCUUCAUCAAGGCUAUCCCUUUCUUCUUCAACAUCAAGCCACGAACAUGAACACGAACACGAAGAUCUCCCAAGGCUGUCCCUUGAUUCCGAUAAGCCGAGCCCCAACCCUUUUGCUCCUUCCAGACCCAGGAUGAGGAUGGUUAAACCGAGAGGGUGUGAAACUACCGGUGGGGAUCGAACAGGACGGAGUAGGAGCCGGAGGGAUGCAUCGACAAGCAGGGGAGUAUCAGUAGAUAGUCCAAGAAUGAACUCGUCAGGGAAAAUAGUGUUUCAAAGCCUGGAGAGAAGUUCAAGCAGUCCAAGUAGUUUCAAUGGUGGUCCCAGGUAUAAACAAAGAGGGAUGGAAAGGUCAUAUUCAGCUAACGUAAGGAUCACACCAGUACUUAACGUGCCCGUGUGUUCAUUACGAGGAUCUUCAAAAUCAGGCUACGUUUUCGGAUUCGGAAACUUGUUCUCAUCUUCCCCACAAAAGACUGCAAAUGGAGCAAACAACAACAGCAAAGCGCGUCAAUGUAAUAACAGCGGCAUCAGAAACAAAACGUAGCCAUGUUUUUUUUUGUUUGAGAUUUUAAUUUAAUCCCACAUUUUGUUUUUUGUAAUUUAGACGUAAAUAGUACCCAUUUUUCUUUCAUGUGGACAUGGAUUUUGGAUUUGAUGAUCUGAAAGAUAUGGAAUCUCUGUUUUUCCCUGUU